GCCGCCAUAAAAAACAUGUAAAGAAGGACGUGGGCACUCUCAUAGCCCGUCACCAGCCGUCUCACCACAUCCACAUCUACAUCUCCGCUCAUUUACAAGCACAAAUUCGAAAUCUAAAAGCAUCAAACCAAAAAGUAAAAGAGAACAUCAAAUAUUUCUCUUCAUCACCAAACUUAUCUCUUCAGAUUUACAACCAAUGGCUCAAACCAUGCUGGUAAUGUCCAGCGUUUCAACAAGCCAUGUUCUGAAUUUGAAGAGAGACCACCACCCUUUCCUCCAUUUCCAAGCUCAAGGCUUAAUGCCUAAACCUUUCUCUCAUUUCUUAUUCAAUCCACUCUCCAACAGUGUUGCUGCUUCAUCAUCAUCAAGAGCUUUCACCACUUUUGCAAUCUUCAAACCAAAGACCAAAGCAGCUCCCAGCAAGAAGGUUGCACCGAAGCCGAAGCCAAAGGUUGAAGAUGGAAUCUUUGGAACAUCUGGAGGGAUUGGUUUCACCAAGCAAAAUGAGCUCUUUGUUGGACGUGUUGCCAUGAUUGGCUUUGCUGUAAGUUUGUUAGGAGAAGCAAUAACAGGAAAAGGAAUUCUAGCACAGUUGAACCUGGAGACAGGCAUUCCAAUUUAUGAAGCUGAACCCCUUCUUCUCUUCUUCAUCCUCUUCACCCUCCUUGGAGCGAUCGGAGCUUUGGGAGACCGAGGUCGAUUCGUUGACGAGCCUGCUACAGGCAUUGAAGGGGCAGUCAUCCCUCCUGGGAAAGGCAUUAGGAGUGCCUUGGGCCUCAAGGAAGGAGGUCCAUUGUUUGGGUUCACAAAGGCAAAUGAGCUGUUUGUGGGGAGAUUGGCUCAGCUGGGGAUUGCCUUCUCAUUGAUAGGAGAGAUUAUAACAGGGAAAGGAGCACUGGCACAACUAAACAUUGAGACAGGGAUUCCUAUCAGCGACAUUGAACCCCUUGUGUUGCUCAACGUUGCCUUCUUCUUUGCUGCUGCUAUAAAUCCCGGGACUGGUAAAUUUAUAACUGAUGAAGAAGAAGACUAGAUUUUUCCUAUGUAAUUUGUAAUUAACAUCAUCUAAUUUCCUCUCCCUCUUUUUCCCCUUCCUUUGCAUCAAUGAAUUGCAUUGCUUUUAAACAAAAA